CAGUACGUGCCCUACUGCGGUGCCCUGAGCCCCGGCACCGCCCUGCAGCUGGUGCGGCAGUACGACAUCGUCGCCGACUGCUCCGACAACGUCCCCACCAGGUACUUGGUGAACGACGCCUGUGUUCUGGCUGGGAAGCCCCUGGUGUCCGGCAGUGCCCUCCGGCUGGCGGGGCAGCUGGUGGUGUACAACUACCAGGGAGGGCCCUGCUACAGGUGUCUCUUCCCCAAGCCCCCUCCACCAGAGACGGUGACUAACUGUGCGGAUGGGGGAGUGCUGGGUGUCGUGCCGGGCAUCAUGGGGUGCAUCCAGGCCUUGGAAGUGCUGAAAAUUGCCUCGGGAAUGGGUUCCUCCUUCAAUCAGUUCAUGAUGAUGUUUGAUGCCCAUGAAGGGAGAUUUCGCAACAUCAAGUUGAGACCAAAGAAACCAGACUGUGCCGUUUGCGGUGACAAACCGUCUGUCAACUGCCUUCAGGAUUAUGAGGCGUUUUGUGGUUCUUCUGCAACAGACAAGUGUAGGACUUUACAUCUCCUGUCCAGUAAAGACAGGAUAUCUGUAGAACAGUACAAAAAACUGUUGGAUGAGCAAGUUCCUCAUGUAUUGUUAGAUGUUCGCCCGCAGGUAGAAGUGGAUAUCUGUCGCCUGGACCACGCUGUCCACAUUCCUUUGAGUAAAUUAGAAGAAAAAGAUGAAGAAUGUCUGGAAUAUUUAGAAAAAAGAAUUUGUGAAGAAAAGCAGAGAACUAACGGCCAAGCAUCUUUUCCUGUAUAUGUCGUUUGCAAAUUAGGAAACGAUUCCCAGAAGGCUGUAAGAAUUCUGCAGGAGUUACCUGUCAAAGAAUUUGGUUCUGUAUUAGCUAAGGAUAUUAAAGGGGGGCUCAUGGCUUGGGCCAGUAAAAUUGACCCAACAUUUCCCCAGUAUUAG